GAAUCAUCUGUGACCUGUGAUUCACCUGUUAUCUCUGGAAUAAGGGCAGAUUGCCAAUGUUGCCAGUGCCUUCUGUCCCCUUCUUAGAAUAGUUAUGUUCUCCAGAUCUUAGAGGCUCAAAAGUGUUAAUUCUUUAGACUGUUCGUAUAGCAUGUUAAGAGCUUACUUGACGUCAUAUUUGGCGUGAUACAUGUGAAUGGUCUUGAGAUCAUUUUGGUUGUAAAAAAUGGUUUAUUUCCUUUUUGGGACUGAUUAGCAGUAAGGCGCAUUCCGGUUAAUAAACUAUAUACCCUUUUUUUCUUGGGCACCCUAUCUACAUGUUACAUUUUUUCUAUAACUAGUUUAAGGUUGGGGUACCGAUGUAACGUACUUGAUCUAACCAAUUGAUAUGUCCUUAUUAUAAAUAGCAAAUAAAGGAAGACUCUGUAGUUUUAUGAGUUAUACUAUGCGAUAACUUUGUAGAUACUUAACUACAUCUUUUUGAGGAACAAUGCCUAGCCAAAUACCUCAUAAAUAUCAUGAUGAAAUAGAUGAACAAGGAUUUACUAUAAUAAGAGAAUUCCUUACACCUGAAGAAAUUAAUAAGUAUAAAGCAGCUGCUGAAACAGUAAUUAAAUAUGCUAGAGAUGGUAAUUGGCCCUAUGUUAGAACCAGAGGAAAACAAUUCCCUCCAUGGCCUAAAAACUUCAGUCCUGAUAUAUGGGGAGUAACAGGUUUAUUACAUCCAGACUUGAAGGAAAUGGCUCAACCAUUUCAUGAAUGUUAUUCAAGUGAAAAGAUGCUUAAUGUUGUAGGUGACAUUUUACAAGCUGAUAAAUCAGAAUUAUCUAUGGAACUCUUUAAUAUGUUAAUUAAUCCAUUAACUGAUUUUGGUUUAGAUUGGCAUAGAGAUACUAUCAAGCCAGAAGUAACUCCAGAAGAAGAAGCCGAAGUUUUACAGGAGAAUUCAUAUGCUGGAGCUCAAUUUAAUUUAGCUUUAACUGAAGAUGAUUGUCUCAUAGUCAUUCCAGGAUCUCACAAACGGAUUAGAACUGUCUAUGAAAGAGAGAAGACGAUUGCUGAGGAUAGACAACAAUACAUUGAGGGUCAAAUUAAAGUACCCUUACACCCUGGUGAUUUGGUGUUUUAUAAUAAUAAUAUCUUACACAGAGCUUCAUACUCUUCGAAAAAUGUGAGAAUUACACUUCAUGGAUCUUAUGGUCAUGUGAAACAUGGUAAAACAAGAGCUAAGGGUAUUUUGCAACAUGGAGUUGCAGAAUGGUUACCAAGAUUCGAACCCAAUACUUCCAAUUUACGUGAGCUCAAGGAGAAAUUAGUAAAUCUAGCAAAGGAAUUUGAAGGUGUAGACCUUGGGUAUGCCUUAGAAGGUUAAUCAUUAAAUAU